AUGAAUGGCCAGUACCAGGAAGAAGAGCAGGAAAUGGCUGUCGAGCAUCAUGAGAUGCAAGGUCCACGACUUGUGAAUAUCCUGGAGCAAGCGGGUAUUAAUACCACAGAUGUUAACAAGCUCAAGGAGGCCGGAAUGCACACGGUAGACGCCGUGGCGAUGGCCACCAAGAAGCAGCUUGUAGGCAUAAAAGGCAUUAGUGAAGUGAAGGCAGAUAAAAUUCUCAAAGCAGCACGGGAGCUGGUUAACAUGGGCUUUACGACGGCGACAGAUGUGAUGGAAAGUAGGAAAGAUCUGAUUACGUUAUCGACGGGCUCCAAUGCUGUUGAUGAACUGUUGAAAGGUGGUAUUGAGACGGGUUCAAUCACAGAGCUGUUUGGAGAGUUUCGGACGGGUAAGACACAAUUGUGCCACCAACUCUGCGUGACGUGCCAGCUGCCGGUGGAUCGCGGUGGUGGUGAAGGCAAGGCGUUGUAUAUCGACACAGAAGGCACCUUCCGUCCUCAGAGGUUGCAGGCUAUUGCAGAGAGAUACGGCUUGGAUGGUGAUAGCGUGUUGGACAAUGUGGCGUUUGCGCGUGCGUACAACUCGGAGCAUCAGAUGCAGUUGCUGAUUCAAGCGUCGGCUAUGAUGGCAGAGUCUCGAUUUGCGCUCGUGAUUGUCGAUAGUGCUACAGCGCUCUUCAGAACAGAUUAUUCAGGCCGUGGAGAGCUAGCAGCUCGACAGCAGGAGUUGGCCAAAUUCCUCCGUGCUCUUACAAAAAUGGCCGACGAAUUUGGCGUUGCAGUCGUGAUCACAAACCAGAUGACUGCAAAUCCAGAUUCUGGCAUGUUUGCCAAGGACCCGCUUCAGCCCAUUGGUGGCAACAUCAUGGCCCAUGCGUCUUGUACCAGACUUCGCCUGAAAAAGGGCCGUGGUGAGAAUCGUGUUAUGAAGGUUGUCGAUUCCCCCAUCCUGCCGGAAUCGGAUGCCAUCUAUUCUAUCACGGAACAAGGUAUUCAGGACGAGCUCAACUAG